AAAUGAAAGACGCCAAGAAAGAGUCGGAGAAAGUAGCGGGGGAUCGGAUUCAGAUGAGAAGCGCAUCAAGCAAUCAGCUAGUUCCUGGACCCUCGACCCGACCCAAUGCCAAGCUCAAGGUCUGUUUAAUCCUCUUCGUUUCUGUUAGCUACGUUAUCUUCGCUCUCAAGCUGUUAACAACCUCAGCUCAACAUACCUGCGACGAUACCCCAUUUACUUUAUCUCUUCAUCGCUCUUUACUGCAUCCCAACAAAACAAGCUUGACAUCUCGACCGUUGAUUCUCAAUCAAACGGCUGAGACAACGACACUCCAUCAUCGCCUUCGAGAUGUCCGAGAAAAACAAGUGGUAGUAGCACGAAUGCAACAGGGUCCGCCGAAACCAAGCCUCACAGAAAUUCAAGACGUAGUUUUUGGAAUUGCAGGUUCUUCCAAGCUAUGGCAGCAGAGAAAAAAGUACAUCAAGGUUUGGUACAAACCAAACCAAAUGCGAGGGGUAGUCUGGCUCGACGAACUCGUGAAAUAUUCUCCCGAAGACAAGCAAACCCUUCCAUCAGUUCGAGUCUCCGGCGACACUUCCAACUUCGCUUACACGAACCGGAAAGGUCACCGGUCCGCGAUUCGGAUCUCGCGGAUCGUGACGGAGAUGUUAAGGAUGAAUAUGGAUAACGUCAGGUGGUUCGUGAUGGGUGACGACGACACCGUUUUUAUCACGGAUAAUCUGGUUAGGAUUUUGAGGAAAUAUGAUCAUACUCAGUAUUAUUACAUUGGGAGCGUGUCGGAAUCUCAUACUCAGAACAUUUUUUUCUCCUAUGGCAUGGCUUACGGCGGCGGAGGCUUUGCUAUUAGUUACCCAUUGGCUAAGGCUUUAGCAAAGAUGCAAGACCGGUGUAUUCAGAGGUAUCCCGGAUUGUACGGCUCCGAUGAUCGAAUGCAGGCUUGUAUGGCUGAACUCGGUGUCCCACUCACUAAGGAACUCGGGUUCCACCAGUAUGACGUGUAUGGGAACUUGUUCGGACUCCUUGCUGCGCAUCCUGUUACGCCAUUUGUAUCACUGCAUCACCUUGAUGUUGUUGAGCCUAUAUUCCCUAAUGUCACCAGGGUUGAAGCCCUUCAGCGGCUUAUGUUACCUGCAAAGCUGGAUUCAGCAGGGAUCAUGCAGCAGUCCAUCUGCUAUGACAAAACUAAGAGUUGGACCAUCUCGGUUUCGUGGGGUUUUGCUGUUCAAAUUUUUAGAGGAAUGUUUUCACCUCGGGAGAUGGAAAUGCCUUCGAGAACAUUCUUGAAUUGGUACAGAAGAGAAGGUUACACAGCAUAUUCAUUCAACACUCGUGCUGUUAGCCGACAUCCAUGCCAAAAACCUUUUGCGUUUUACAUGUCAAGGGUGAGAAUGGAUUCUGAACUCAAUCAAACUGUGAGCGAGUAUGAGCGGCACCGUGUUCUUCCUCCUCCCUGCAGAUGGAAGAUGGCUGAUCCUGGUAAGCUUGAAAUGGUAAUCGUCAACAAGGAACCGGACCCACAUCUAUGGAAUAGAUCGCCCAGAAGAAACUGUUGCAGGGUCAUGGAAUCAAAGGAGCCAGGAACAAUGGUGGUGAAUGUGGGUGUCUGUAAGGAUGGUGAAGUUAGUGAAAUAUAGUGAUUUAAAAGUUGAAUGUGGCUUUAUUUAAGAAUCACUGUUAAGAUAAGCAUCCAUCAAGUAUGGAAACAAAUCUCAAUAUCCCCCCUCUCUUUCCC